GUGCAUGGUGAAGCUGUGGGAUGCGGAGCACGAAUGUGGUGAGGCUGUGGGGCACGGCCGUCCCGGGAGGGGGCACGAUGGGUCUGGGGGUGUACGGCUCAUUUUUGGGGCGCAGGGUGGGUCCUGGCGGGCACACGGUGGGUCUGUGGGGGGGUAGGGGUCCUCUGUGGGGUGUGUAACGUAUCUGUGGGGUGUGAGAUGUGCCUGGGGCACGUGGCGUGUCCGUGGGGUGCGCGAUGGAUCUGGGGGCGGUGGGGCACAUCUGUGGGGCGCGCGAUGUCGCCGUGGGGCACGCGGCUUCUCUGCGCAUCCGUGGGGCGCACGAUGUGUCUGUGGGGCGUGCGAUGUGUGUGGGGUGCGUGGCGUUUCCGUGGGGCGCCCAAGGAAUCUGUGGGGCGCGGGGCGUCACCGUGAGGCGUGCGUCGUCUCCGUUCCUCCGUGCGUCCGUGGGGCGCACCGCAUGUCCGUGGGGCCGGUGGCUGCCCUGUGGGGCGGGUGGUGCGUCUGUGGGGUUGUGGCCUCCGUGGGGCACGUGGCACUUUGGGAGCCCGCACCGUGCCCACGGGGCACGCGACGCAUCCGUGGGGCGCGUGGUUCCGCUGUGGGGUGCCCCAGGGGGGGGUCGGGACCUGUUCCGGGCUGUAGCGCCAUGCGGGGGCCGUGGGGCGCCGCGGUCAGGGUGCGUUCGAGCGGCUUGGGGUGGGAGGGGUCCCCUGAGGGACCCCCCAACCCCGGUCCCACGGCCACCCCCUCCCCUCCCCCGCAGGACACGGACAUCCAGAAGAAGAUCGACCACGAGAUCCGCAUGCGGGAGGGCGCCUGCAAGCUGCUGGCCGCCUGCACGCAGCGGGAGCAGGCGCUGGAGGCCACCAAGAGCCUGCAGGUCUGCAACAGCCGCAUCCUGGCCUACAUGGCCGAGCUGCAGCGCAUGAAGGAGGCGCAGGUGAUGCAGCGCGCGGCCAGGCGCCCCUCGGACGCCGGACCCGCUGAGGAGAGGCUGCCAUGCCGGGGGAAGGUCUGCGUCUCGGACCUGCGCAUCCCGCUGAUGUGGAAGGACACGGAGUACUUCAGGAACAAAGGGGAGCUGCACCGCUGCGCCGUCUUCUGCCUCCUGCAGCUGGGCGUGGAGAUCUACGACACCGAGAUGGUGCUGGUGGACCGCACGCUCACCGACAUCUGCUUCGAGAGCGCCGUGCUCUUCUCGGAGGCCGGGCCGGACUUCCUGCUGAAGGUGGAGCUGUACAGCGCGGGGCUGGGGGAGGAGGCGGGGGGCAGCGCGCCCAGGAAGUUGGCCAGCAAACUCAGCAGCUCCCUGGGCCGCACCGCGGGGCGACGCCUGCGUGCUGCCAUGGACGGGGGGCCCGGCAGCCCCACUGCCAACGGGGGGGGGGCCCUGCUGCUGCCUGCCCCCAGCGUGCCGUGAGUGCCUGCGUGUGGGUCACUGCGUGGGGCG